UGGCAAUCGAGAGGAAGACAAGGAAGGGCAGCAGGACUCAAAGGAUGAAAAGGAGCCUGAGAAGAUGUCACCAAACACACAAAGUGUUCCUGCUUCAGAGACCAGCAGCCAGGCGAUGGAAGAGACACAGGAUGACAUGAAGCCCGAAGCUGGUUCACCAAAGGAGUCCCAUUCAGCUGCCAUGAACUUUGUGCUAAGAAAACCGGCAGAAGUGAUUCUUGGUAUGGAAGAAAGUGAGCUGAAGUCCAAAGCACAGCUGCCAUGGAAGAACAAUCUCAAUGAGAGAGUAGAAGCAAGAGCCCAGGCCAUGCAGCAGAAAAUGUUAGAGAAGGAUAUGCUGAAAAGGGAACAGGAAAGGAAGACUGCAAAACAGCUCCCAAGGGAUGACCUGGCUAAAGAGUGGUUUGAUAUUGAAAGCACGACGCUAACUACCCGGGCCUACUUGCUGGACAAGCUUCUACCCACCUUGAUUCCUGGAGUCGAACAGAUGUUAAUGCAAGUAGAAAAGAAGAAACUUUUGAGCAAAGCUGAUAUCCCAACCAAGUUUGAUCCAAUUAAUUAUUUGGGGGAAUAUUUAAUGAGAAACAAUACUCUUUAUAUCAAAGACCCAGGAAUGUCUGGCUACCAGCGGGUGAUGAGAGAGGUCACAGAAGAGCUGAAGGUCCAUGUUCCCGAUACGAUCAGCAACAGGUUGAUCCCAGGAGCCGCAGAGUGGCUCUCUGCCCUCUACACUCUUGCAUGCCUGAGGGGAAAAGUAAGUUCUGGAAAGGCAAGGCUUUCUCUCUCUAAUUACAUCUCUUCACACGCUGCAGACUUGAAAAGUGAAGUUUUUGAAGAACUCCUUAAGCACCUUUGUCACCGUGCAGAAGAAUUCCGGGAGAUCGUAAAAAGCGACAUGCGGAGACAGAUGUUUGCUGAGCUCUUCCUGUAUUGUGACAGUGGGAAGGUGAAGGUCCUGGAUCGGCAGCGGACACUGGCCUUACUGGAAGCAUUCUAUGAUCAAAGUUCACACCCUGCUAGGAGCUUCCUCCGAAACCCACGGCAAUGGCCAUUAACCGAAUUUGAGGAGAUAGAGUGGUCUGAAUUCUGGGGCGAUACAGAUAUUAAAAAGCACAUUUAUGAAGACUUUGAUGAACUGCUCUUAAGAAUGAAUGUGUUAGCUGCUAAAAAACUUGCUGACAAACCCCAAGAAAUGGAAGAUCAAAAUCUUCCACAACAGCCGAAAGAGACAAGUGCCGACCAAGAACCAUCCCCCGACUCAGCCACAGCGCCAGGAACACAGCUGGCUUCAGAACAAGGAAGCAGCAGAGAACAGAAACCCGACAAAGAGUCACUUAAAGGACAAGAACAGGGCACAGGGUUACACAAAUCGUCCGAUUCGGGACAAGGAUCCCCCAGGGCGUCAGCAGUAGAGCCAGGAUUACAAAGGGGGUCAGUCGCAGAGCAAGAGUCGGCAUCAGAACAAGAGCCACAGACAGGGCAAGACUCAAACAGAAAAUCGGUGUCAGAACAAGAACCACAAAGAGGGUCAGUUACAGAGGAAGAAGGAUCACAGAGAGGGUCAGUUUCAGAACCUGUGCAACGAAGAACAUCAGCAACAGGACAACGCAGAAAAUCAUCUGCAGAUACGGGGUCUCGUAGGGGUUCAGAAGCCGGAUCGCGCAAAGGAUCAGGGGUAGAACAAGGACAGCGCAAAGGAUCUGGAGGUCCGCGCAAAGGGUCAGCAGGACGCAAGAUGUCGUCUUCAGAGUAUGAAUCACACAAAGAGUCCAUAACGGAGGAACCACAAUCUAAGGCAGAGCAAGGACCACCGAUAGACACCAUUCUAGAAGAACAGGACGCAGACUCAACCUCACAAAAAAGCAACACCUUAAAAGAAAGUGAAGCCUCGGAAUUUGAUAAAAUGGAAUCUCAAGAAGAAAAGUCUUUGCCAGUCAUAAAUGAGGAGGAACAAGCUGCCAUGGAUUCCCAACAGGGUGAGGAAGUUCCCAUGUACAGCAAAGAUGAUCGUCCGCCAGAGAGCAGCGAAAAAGAUCACCUUCCAGAAACUUCAAAAAAGGACGCUCAGAAAGACAAAGCCUGUGACCCGAAGCCCCAACAUAUAGAAGGAAAACAGUGGUCAGGGGGAUUCUCCAUCUUUGACUGGAACAUGAAGCAUGUCCAAUCUGAAGAUGAGGAGCAGGCAAAACUGAUCUAUACUGACUCCAGAUUCACAGACCUCCAUGCAAUUAUUAGGAAUACUCAGACUUACAAGGAGAUCAAAGGGAGGAGUGCCUUCGAUGGAGUGUCCCUCAAUCUGGUACAGUUUGUGCAGCUCCUCCAGACAUUCGUCGGUGAAGACACCCCCUUGAGUGUCAGCCAGAGUCUCGCCUCCUUUUUUCAGAAGAACUAUUUUGAAACAAAACAAGAGAAAAUGAAAGCCUUAGAACAGGCUAGACAAAACGCUUUCCGAAUCCGACGGGUGCUUCUUCUAGAAGCCCUCUUUCAGAAGUGGGACAAUGAUGGCUCAGGCUUUCUGAAUCUGAAUGAAAUUGAUGAUCUCUUGUACACAUACAAGGAGGGGAUGGAGAAAGAAUCCAUGAAGAAAGCUAAACUGCACAUCCAAUUUCCAAACUCCCAUUCUGGUCAUGAAGUCAAAUUGUCUUCAAAGCAAUUUCAGAGGUACAUAGAAUUGGUUGUGUCUGAACUCAGGGGCAAUGAAGACCAAGUUCUGGACAGUGUUGUGGAAUUCCUGAUGGGUGCUUUAGAGAGAAGCCACACUGAGGGCCUAAGGAACUGUGCAAGACAGAAAUGGCUACAUCAGAUCCAACAUGCUGCAGAGACAAGUGGGGUGUCCCUGGAGCCAGUGUAUACUGAGACCUUUAGGGCCCUCACACAGGAUGCUGAGGCUCAUGGAAAUAAGAAGAUCAGUGCCCACAUUUCCCUCUUAGAAGAAAACAUACUCCUGCCAGAGAGAGGGGACGUUCUCUUGAGGAAUGUGGCUUGUACCCUAGAUGAUGCUCCAUUUGUACUGAACAAAGUGCUCUACAGGGACAUGAAGGGAAUCAGCUUUACAGUAGUGGAUAAAGGCAAGCCAAUCCAUGUCCCACAAGUUCAGCACCAUGGGAAUGUCUUCUUCUGGAAUAAUUCCCGCAGUAAGAAGGAGCAUAAUGGUUCAUUCCUGGCUCUGCCUCUUCAGGAUGUGCAUAUGAGGAUCUUUGGGGUCCUGGCAGUUGACACUCUUCGCGAUCCUCAUGAAAUAAACAUCUUCCUACCUCAUGAGAUCAAAUUCUAUCAGGGCGUUGCCAAUGCUUUCAGCACUGCCUAUCACUAUGUGCACAGCAGGGAGCAUGUCCUGCACACUGUGAUCACUGGCAUCAGGUGGCUCUUCAGCAUCACGUCUGGCAUCAGCUCCAUCACUACGUACUUCAUUGAACCUAGCUCAGAGCAGGAAGGCUAUGUUUUACGCCAAAUGAUGGUUACAGAGUAUCUGGGCCUAACAGAAAUCCAUGCAGAACCCCCAACCAUCUCGAGGAAGUCGUGCAUCUUCAGAGAUUUCCUCUUUAAGUGCAUAGACACUUCAGAAGUUAUUUUGGCUUCUACCAGUGGAGAAACCCACAUUGCAAUUCCGCUUCGCGAAAGAACAAGAGAAGCUAUGGGAGUCCUUGAUGUCAACAUUGGCCAAACAAGGAUGCUGGUGUAUCAAGAGUACAAAGAUCUGCAGAAAAUGGCGAAGAUGAUCCAAAAUGCCUCCGAUGAAAUACUGGGCGAAUUCUCUGGAGAAAUCGUGAAGAAUGAGGUCAUAGAGAUGGAGAAGGCGGGAGAAGUCACGCGGGCAGGGAUUCUCUUCUUCCGCAUCAUGCUGCAGGAGCUUCGGGAAUGCCUCCAGCUCCUCACGUCCAUGGACUUUGUGUCGUUGCUGCUGUAUGAGCACAAACCUCACACGGACUCGACGUACUUCCAGGACCUCGAGUCCCAGGAUAUAGAAGCCAAUGUGGUCCUUGUGCACGACAUCCUGAAAGGAGUGAUCUUGUUUUCCCAGCAGGAGAUAGAAUCUUCCCAUGACUUGGAAGAGUGGGAAAAGUGGAAGUUUUACAUUAACAAGUACUUAGUUGAAGAUCUUUGUGUGUUUGAUCCAACUGCUAGCAAUGUGAAGGUUAAUGUACAGCUUAUUAUGAACUACAUCCAAGGUCAUUCUCGAAUCGAAGUAUGGAAAUUUGGCAAUCUUGUCAUUGAACUCCUGUACCACUGGUUACACAUUUGUUUAACUCUCAUGGAGCUAAGAGACAAACAAAAUAGUUGUAUUUUACCUCCAUUGCCCAAGAAGAGUGAUACCUCUGCUUGUGCAAAAUUCUCAGAGAAAAGUUAAGGACUGGUACUAUAUUUAGGACACAUGACCGAUGCUGUUAAUAAGGAACUGUUGUCAACUGGAAAGGAACGCCCCAUAGACACUUCUGCUCCCCGGCAGAAGUCACCUCAGCACUCUGUAAAACCAAAAGGCCUACCUAAGGAGAAAUUACUCUAAAGAGUAUGCAGUUAUGGUGGCCAUAGCCACAGGGACCUGAAUAUGUACCAGAAUGUAUUCAAACACUCCCUUCCAGUCUGAGCUUUCUAUCCGACCUGAGACUACUAUGGCUGUUUGGGAAAUUGCUUCUUAUUCUUUUAAAUAUCA